GGUGGCUGAGGCUGGGCUCCAUCCGCCCCGCGGCGCGGGAGUGCGUGCGUGUGCACAUCGGGGGCCCGGGCUGUGAGUUUGAGGUGGGCCAGUGCUGGUGGACGGGCUAGGCUCCCGCUUAUCCGCUUAUCGAGCGUUCACCGUGAGUGCCAAGGAGUACAUGUGCCCACGUGUCUGAAUGUUCCCUGCCUGGGACCUUGUGAGGCUGGCAUGCAGGAUGGCAGGACAGCCCAGCCACAUGCCCCACGGAGUGAGUCCGAACAGCCUCUGCCAUGCACUGGGACCUGCGCCCCCUCCAGACCCACAGAGACACCCCAGCACCAUAUCUUUUCGCUGCUCGCUGGCGGACUUCCAGAUUGAGAAGAAGAUUGGCCGAGGACAGUUCAGCGAGGUUUACAAGGCUACCUGCCUGCUGGACAGGAAGACAGUGGCUCUGAAGAAGGUGCAGAUCUUUGAGAUGAUGGACGCCAAAGCCAGGCAGGACUGUGUCAAGGAAAUUGGUCUUCUAAAGCAACUGAACCAUCCGAACAUCAUCAAGUAUCUGGACUCCUUCAUCGAAGACAAUGAGCUGAACAUUGUUCUGGAGUUGGCUGAUGCGGGCGACCUCUCACAGAUGAUCAAGUACUUCAAGAAGCAGAAGCGGCUUAUCCCCGAGAGGACCGUGUGGAAGUACUUUGUGCAGCUGUGCAGCGCUGUGGAGCACAUGCAUUCUCGACGCGUGAUGCACCGAGACAUCAAGCCGGCCAACGUGUUCAUCACAGCCACGGGCAUUGUGAAGCUUGGCGACCUUGGCCUGGGCCGCUUCUUCAGCUCGGAGACCACUGCAGCCCACUCACUAGUGGGAACACCAUACUACAUGUCACCAGAGAGGAUCCACGAGAAUGGCUACAACUUCAAGUCAGACAUCUGGUCCCUAGGCUGUCUGCUGUAUGAGAUGGCAGCUCUCCAGAGCCCCUUCUAUGGAGACAAGAUGAAUCUCUUGUCCCUCUGCCAGAAGAUAGAGCAGUGUGACUACCCACCUCUCCCAGGGGAGCACUACUCUGAGAAGCUUCGGGAACUGGUCAGUAUGUGUAUCUACCCUGACCCCAACCACCGACCUGACAUCGUGUAUGUGCAUCAGGUGGCCAGGCAGAUGCAUGUCUGGGCGUCCAGCACCUGAAUGCAGCGUGCCUCAUCAAGGCCAAACACCACUUGUCUUACUUGAGUCCUCUCCCCAAGUGGCACCAGGAAACCCCCACAGCCAAGACCAGAGGGCUCAGCAGGCUAACAAAGGCAGCUGCCUCUGCCACUAAAAGCUGAAAGCAGCUGGGUUAUGGUCAAUCUCCAAAGUCCUUUCUUUGAACUGUUGCAGACAAUCUGAGCUGGGCUAUUAGUAGGGGAAGGAACUUAGCAGUCCCUGAAGCCCCCUGUACCAAGUGAAAUGUGAAUGUCGACCUGGUUUCUUCCGACCUGUCCAGGCCACACUGUCAGACUUACAGCGAACAGGGUGACUGGUGUGUGUCAGCCUUUGCAAAUGAUCAACACCGGUUGAUUUAGUUCUUGGUACCUUUCCAUACAACAGGCUGUGUGCUUCAUUUACUCUCUUGUAAGGGGACACAAUAGAAAUAAUGGUUUAGAGUAGAGAUUUCGCUAAUACUUUCUCUGCAUUUUGUAACUUGAUGAGUGACAGUGAGAAGCACCCAGCACUGGCGUUGAGAUGCAUAGUGUCUGGGAGACAGGGUGGUCCUCCUCUCCUGCCCUGCCGUGUACCAUAGCCUCCUGAAAUGCUGUGGCUCACUGUAGGAGAAGUAUGAAACACUUUCAUCCAUGGGAAGAUAGCAAGAAAAAUCCAAGAGCUUUGCCUCCACACUGGUCUCUACAAUUUUGAUUCUCUGUCUUCCUAGUAUGACCUGGGUAAGUUUGUUGGCUUUUCUGACAGGAUCUCAGACAAAAGACAUGGCAGCCUAAGUUUGUUAUCUUAGCACUUAGGAGGUAGAGGCAGGGGGAUCAAGAAUCCAGGCUCACCCUAGGCAAUAUGGGAAGUUUAAGACUGGAUAUAAGAUCCUAACUCAAAAAGAAAAACAAAACAAACACACACGAGAUACAAAUCAGCCAGCAGUGGCAGGUGAUCAAAAAUGCAACCUGUCACUCUUUCAGAAAACUCAAGUCCAUGGACCACGAGAGUCAAGAAUUAAAAUACAACUGUAUUAUGUGCAGGAAAAGCAGGAAUAUGUUCAUUUACUUUUUGUUCUCAAUAGGAUUAACUGUGAAGACUAAUUUAUAAAUGUGAAUUUAAGCAAACUUAAGUGCCGGAGGAAACAGUCUGAAUUAUUUUGUUCUACUAUGACAGUGGUCUCAAUCUGGGUCAGAAUCCCUUUUGCAAACCGCUACCUCCAAAAAAUAUUUACAUUAUGGUUCAUAAAAGCAGCAAAAUUAGUUAUGAAGUAGCAACAAAAAUAACUUUAUAACACGAACUGUAUUAGAGGGUGACAGCUUUAGGAAGGCUGAAAGCACCUGGCCUAUGCAAUAAUCAAACACUGAUGACAGGCCAGUGCUGCUGUGUCUGGUCAGAUGUUUAACUCGAUGCUGGAUGAACUUACUACCCAGAGCUCCCCAAAAUAGGGUCCCUGGUUGGCCACCACCUUCUGAGCAGAGUCUACACUCCAGGUAUGGCCUCUGCCUAGAGCAAGCUCUCCGUGUUUAGACAGAAUGGGAAGAGGAGUGACCGCUGAGCAGCUUGGGGAUGGCUCUAACAGCAAGUCAGUAUCGUCUUGAACUGCAGACCAAACCCAGGACACAACAGCAGCACAACUUCCUGAGGCACCUUUAGAAACAACUUGCCAGGCCCCAAACAGUCCAAGGAAUACCAGAGUAUUCUUAAGUUCCCCCAAGUAAUUCUGAGACUCUGCCGAGCUGCCACCCUCAAUAAAUGCACUGUACUCUCUCAA